AUUUCCUCCCGGCUGCAAUAUUGUCGCCCCGCUGCCUCUGCGGUUCUCAUUUUUCACACUUUCUCUUUCACGCGCUCUCCCCGCUCCCCCCGCGAAUCGACUCAGUCACUCGCACAGACGCUCUCCAGCGCCAUGUCAAGGGCAAGCGCUGCAAGGGCAAAGCCGAAUGAAUGUGGUAUUUUCGAACUGUCGUUGCUGCGGUGUCUCGGGCCUUGCUUCUCAUGCAGCUCCCCGGCACCCGAUUCCAACCGCUCUUUCCCCCGAGGGAUGGAUGGACAUGUUGUAUGUAUACUGUAUUAUGUCUUCCUCCGGCCACGAUCCAUUCGCCCUGAGCCCGAAUGCGAUCGGCCCCGAUGAGCAAGCCGUCCAAGUCCUCCCUUGGAUUUGCUCUCUCCCUCCCUCCCUCUCUCUCCCUCACGCGUCUCCUCCUUCAAUGUUCUAUAUGUAUAUUAUGCCUUGUACACACCUAUUCCUUUGUGAACGCUCCUCUCCCACUCUCUCGCUUCUUGUCUUUGCUGUUGAUCCCUUCGGCCCUGUCUUUUGUUAUCUGCUUGUCGUUUCUUAUUGUCCCCUUGUAUCUUGUCUUUGCUUUCCUUUCGAUCCGACUUGAUGUUCCUGUGAAUGAUAUUAGCUUCUCCUUCCCUUCCUCUCGUUUGAAUGCAUACCCCCUCUCCCUGCGCUCGUUAUGUUAUUUCCGCUUCCCCGCUCCUCUUUUGCUCACUAUGCUCGAUUGCGCUUGCUCCUUGGAAGCACUCUUUCCUUGCCUGCUUCCUUCCUCUCCCACUCCCUCACCCUCUCCCACUUGCCACUCGCCACUCGCCACUCGACUCUGCCGCUCGCUACUUUGGGCAGCAGAUUGUCUCCUCUUCUUGAUGGUCUUUUUUUUUCUUCUUCUUUUUUCUUUUGCGCCAUCGCGAAGUGAAGACUGCACAUGCGACCGACCGGCGACGGCUGGUGAUUUCGAUCUUUUGUAUCGUUGGGUCCUGCUUCUGUGCUUGCCAUUCGUUUCCCUCGUGCCCCUCCUCCUCCCACCCUUCACUCUCUCGCUUUCGGCUGACCAGACCGGCGUCUCUUUCCCAUGUGAGUCGCCCGUCCUGUCUCUGCCUAUCCAACCGGCCGAUGGAUCCGAUUUACGCUGUCGGCUCCGGCAAGCUUUUUCCAGAUCCCUCUCCUCCCUCUCCUGAACGCACAACACGUUGUGACCCCCUGGUUGGGCUUCCCCUGUCCCUUCCUCGCUCUGAGCCCUCCUCCUCCUCCGCCCUCCUUUGUGGAAUGGGGAAGUGGGCCACACGCUCCCGAAUAUAUAAAAAGCAAUGCAGAAACCAAAUCACAUACUUGAUGAGGG